AACUGUGAUGCAGAGGAGGAAAUCAAGAAAAAUGUGACUUUGAACCAAACCUCAUGGAGGGCACUGUGACCCUGAAGUGUGCUCAUUAUUUUUACUGACUUUAUGAAGUUAAUUCUACUACUUUUCUUUUCACAGGGCUUUCCCAUUUCACUUGGCCAUACACUGAGGUGUCUAAUGGCCUCCAGCUCAGGGCUGUCCAUGUGAGAAGUGAAUCUGAGAAGAGAAGGACAGACACUUAAAGAGAGAGAAGAGUUUCCCACAGAGCAUGGCCUCUGCCAAAGAAGAUGGCGUGGAUGAAAGAACGGUGGACAUUAAAGAAGAGGACUGUGAGCGGCUCACACCAGAGGAUGUGUGUGUGAAGCUGGAGGAUCACGAAGAAAGAAUUUCAGUUUUUAAAGAGGAGGAGGAGUGCAAGGGGGUGACUGCUGCUAUUAAAGCUGAGGAUUUGAAUGAUUUCUCCGUUGGUCUUGAACUUCAAAAGCAUGAAACUGAGGAUAUUUUCAAGCAAGAUGCCUGUGAAGAAUCUCCAUCCAGUUUACAGUCCUGGUCAACUAAUACGGGACGACUGGCUACGCAGGAGAAUUUGGCAGAGCUGAAAUCAGAGUUAUCAGAGUCUGAAGAGAAAAUCACCGAGGAAAAUGGGAGAGAAGGAGAAGAGUCACCUGGGAGUGUUGGAAUGGAUUUACAGAAGAAUGGCAGCUUCUCUCCACCUUCAUUUGACCAGCCCUGUCUUCAAUACAAUGAGAAAGGUAUGAAGAAAUCAGCAAGAGGACCAGAGAACCUGACAGCAGCCUUUUUGAAGUGCAGUUCUCUCCCUGCUACUGGAGUAACACAGACAGAUGCCAUCAAAACUGAUCGACAGGAAGUGGAGAAAGAAAUCCAAAUUCAUACUGAAAAAAAAAACGUAUUGUUGCCCUGAAUGUGGUAAGUUGAUCUCAACGAGAAGCCAUCUUCAGAGGCACAGAAGAAUCCACACAGGAGAGAAACCUCAUUGUUGUCCAGAUUGUGGUAAGUCAUUCUCCCGUAAAAGCCAUCUUCAGAGACACAGAAGAAUCCACACAGGAGAAAAACCUCAUUGUUGCCCUGAAUGUGGUAAGUCGAUCUCAACAAGAAGCCAUCUUCAGAGGCACAGAAAAAUCCACACAGGAGAAAAAACUCAUUGCUGUCCAGAAUGUGGAAAGUCAUUCUCAAGGAGAAGCCAUCUUCAGAACCACAGAAGAAUUCACACAGGAGAAAAAUCUCAUUGCUGUUCAGAAUGUGGUAAGUCUUUCCAAAGCAGAAGCGAUCUUCAGAACCACAGAAGAAGCCACAGACGAGAAAAACCUCAUUGUUGUCCAGAAUGUAGUAAGUCGUUCUCAUGUAAAGGUAAUCUUAAGAGGCACAGAAGAAUCCACACAGGAGAAAAACCUUACUGUUGUCCAGAAUGUGGCAAUUCGUUCUCAUGUAUAAGCGUUCUUAAGAGGCACAGAAGAAUUCACAAAGGAGAAAAACCUUACUGUUGUCCAGAAUGUGGUAAGUUGUUCUCAUUGAGAUGCAAUCUUCAGAAACACAUGAGAAUUCACUUUGGAGAAAAACCCUAUUGCUGUCCAGAAUGUGGCAAACGAUUCUCAUGUCAAACCGUGCUUCAAUGCCACAGAAGGACCCACACUAACGCAGUCCACCAGAAGCCAUUCACCUGUUCUGAAUGUGGUAAAGGGUACUCUUCCAGAAGAAGUUUUAGGAGACACACACAAAGUCAUACUGGAGUAAAUCCUGUCCCAGAAAUGACAAAUGAUCUUUCCAUUGGCUCCUCAACCAAAAAAAUUAAAGAAAAAUCUUCUGAGUGAGUAAAGGAAUUCAGUUUAAAGUAGUUAAUAAGUAUAUAAGAAUAGUGGAGGAAACACUGAAAUUGGCAAACAGAUUGUAGAUGUAAGGUAACCUCAGAGCCACAUAUGAAUUCUAUGGAAGAAUAAUUUUAGGGUAACAUAGCAUUCAUCUUAAAGAAAUAGUAUAAAGAGUAAAUAAAAGUUGGAAACCAAAUAAAGGUCAAGUAAACAACAAAAUGUACACUGAAAUAUAAGAUUUGGUUUUGGAAAAAUACUGAGAUGGUCAGGUAAAUAAAGAAUGUACUAGAAGAAAGGUUGAUGUAAUAUACAAAAUGUACUGAUGGAUGACUAAGACAUCAGCAGAUGUACUAUAAGCAACAAAAAUGGAGAGUUUUUAUCUGUACAGAAAUUUCAAGGGUAGUUGUGCAACUCAAAGGUU